CGACAUAAGUUUGACAAUUCAAAUAAAUGUGGCCGCCCCGGGUUCAAAACAUAAAUAAACAUUAAAACUCACUCAAAUAUUAAAAUUGUUUUCUAAUUAUUGAAAUUCAACCAGCAUGUCUCUUAUUCCCGCUAGUGGGACCGGACGUUUUUGGGCACGAUCGGCAAAGAUAAUACGUUUUGCCAGGCAAGGUUGUACUAAUCGUCCCUUCUACCACAUAGUUGUAAUGGAGCGCCGUAAGGAUCAAUAUCAGCCGGUUAUCGAGCAGCUUGGAACGUAUGAUCCGAUUCCGAAUGAGUAUAACGAAAAGUUGGCUUCUUUUAAUUUUGAACGCGUGCGCUACUGGUUGGGUAGUGGGGCUCACAUAACAUCUGGUGUGGCCGAACUGUUAGGUGUUGCAGGACUUCUUCCCAUCCAUCCGAGAACAUAUAUGACUGCCUGGAGAAACCGCCAGAAAGCAGCCAAACUUGAGGAAAUGAAAAACACCGAACAAAAGUUAGAAGAAUAAACAUUUAUUAAUUAGUAGUAGUAAA